AAAAAAAUUAAACCAGGGCGAUGGAGACGUAUAGACCCAUGCUUCUCUUCCUACUCUUUCUUCCAUCUGUUCUUCUCUUCUGCAACUCGGCGGAUGCAAAGCGCUAUCCUUUCUUCCCUGGCUUCAUUAAUGCCGGACUUAAACAGUCUUCAGAAUAUUCCGGUGGGGGGCUGUAUGAGACGAGGUUCUUCACGCAGAUAUUGGAUCAUUUUGACUACACCCCGCGGAGCUAUGAAACGUUCCAGCAGAGGUACUUGGUCAACGACACCCACUGGGGCGGCAAGGGGGCGCCCAUCUUCGUGUACACUGGGAACGAGGGUGAGAUCGGCUGGUUUGCACGCAACACCGGAUUCAUGUACGAGAUUGCACCUCACUUCAAGGCUCUCUUGGUCUUCAUCGAGCAUAGGUACUAUGGAGAAUCCAUUCCCUUCGGUGGCAAAGAGAUAGCUUAUAGUAAUGCAACCACUCUUGGUUAUUUGAGCACAACGCAGGCACUGGCGGACUACGCAACGCUUAUCAUUGAUCUAAAGAAGAAUCUGAGCUCAGAAGGGUCCCCUGUUGUGGUCUUCGGAGGUUCUUAUGGAGGAAUGUUGGCUGCUUGGUUUAGGCUCAAGUACCCGCAUAUCACCAUAGGAGCCUUGGCAUCUUCUGCUCCAAUUCUUCAAUUUGAUGACAUGGUCUCCCCGUAUACCUUCUACGACAUCAUCACAAAGGACUUCAGGAGUGAGAGUGAAAACUGCUAUAAAGUGAUCAAAAAUUCAUGGAAGGAGAUCGAGGAUACUGCAAGCCAACCUGGAGGGCUUGAUAGAAUUGAGAAGUCAUUUAAGUUAUGCGAAGGCGAAGGUGAACUUGUCGAAGAUUGGAUUUCAAGUGCCAUAGUCUACGCUGCCAUGACAGACUAUCCCACAGCAUCAAAUUUUCUUGCUCCUCUUCCAGCUUACCCUGUGAAACAGAUGUGCAAGGCCAUUAACAACCCAACGGCAGGUAAUGAUACAUUCACAAGAUUAUAUGGCGCGAUGAACAUAUACUACAACUACAGUGGAACUGAGACAUGUUUCGUCACGGUUGGUUCAGAUGAACAUGGCAUGGAUGAUGGAUGGGAAUGGCAGUCAUGCAUGGAGAUGAUUCUUCCAACUGGGGCUAGCAACAAUGAGAGCAUAUUUCCACCAAGCACGUACAAUUACACUGACCAAGCUGUGGGAUGCCAAGAAUAUUAUUAUGUGGCACCCAGGCCUCAUUGGAUCACCACAGAAUUUGGGGGACAUGAUAUAAGAAGGGUGUUGAAAAGGUCUGGGAGUAAUAUAAUUUUCUUCAAUGGACUAAGAGAUCCAUGGAGUGGCGGAGGUGUAUUGAAGUCUCUUUCCAAAAGCCUGAUAGCCAUAGUUGAACCUGAAGGGGCUCACCAUGUGGACCUGAGAUUCUCAACAAAAGAAGACCCCAAGUGGCUCAAAGCCGUAAGGAUGAAAGAGGUCAAGAUCAUAUCCAGAUGGCUUGAACAAUACUAUAGUGACUCGAGCACAUAACCUUAUCAUUGUUCUCAUAAAUCAAUCUCUUUUUCCUCGUAUUUAGCUUUAUUUUCUAAAGCAUAAGCUCUAUCAUAUCCUCCCUAUUUGACACGUUGUCAAAUUCAAAUAAUUGCUAUGAGGCAGUGGAAGCUAGUCUUUAAAUCGGAACUCUAUUAUCAGAAACUUAUAUUUUGUUAUGGGAUGCAAUUAUAUAAAGAUUUCGUG